GCCUGGAGGUGGCGCGACUUAUCAUUGGUGGUUUUGAAGGCGCCUCGGCGGGAGCAGUUGCUGAGGAGACGGCUGGGGAUGUUGGCCGGUUUCUCUAUGACAUUGUGAUGAACUUUACCCACAAUGGAGAAUCUCGAAGUGCACUUUAAGAAUCUCGAUUCAUCCUUAGAGGCACCUUCCCCCGAGUUUAACUUUAUGGCUCAGGAAUGUUCAUUUCAACAAGCCUCCUAAGUAUUUUUAAAGUGUGGUUUUAUAUUUCACUGACGGUUGAACCCUAAUCCUUCACCAGUGCCAGAGAGAUGGAUGAGAUUCUGGUUGAGUUUAUCAGGAGGACCAUCUUAAAAAUCCCCUUGGCUGAAAUGAUGACAAUCUUAAAAACCUGGGGAUUUUUGUCUGAAAACCAGUUGCAGACCCUAAACUUCAAGCAGAGAAAAGAAUCUUUGGCUCAGGACUUGCUUCUGUUGUGUGAGGAGAACUGCGCAAGUAUCAGUGACGUGGCCCUUUUAGACAUCGUUUAUACUCAAGCUCAUCGGCACCAGAAAAUGUGGGAUGUUUUUCAUAUGAGUAAAGUAACAGAUGAAGAUGUUGACAUUUUUGAUAUGGAAGAAUUCAAAAGCUCAUUUAAGAAAAUUCUUCACAGAGCCUUAAAAAACGUGACAGUGAGCUUCCGGGAUGCCGAAGAGAAUGCAGUGUGGAUCCGAAUCGCCUGGGGAACUCAGCACAAGAGGCCCAAUCAGUACCAACCGACCUACGUGGUGUAUCACUCACAGACACCGUUUGCGUUCAUGUCUUCCUCCAGGCUGAAGGGCGUGGUACCCCUGCUGCGCCAGGCACUGACCGUCGCCAGCAACCACCAUCAGAUCGUGCAGAUGGAGCUGAGAAGCCGGCACCUGGACUCACUCAAGGCGAUUGUUUUUAAACAGUUCAACCAGGUCUUUGAAAAUCACCACUCUACAGGCGCUCUUCAGGAAAGAACCCUUGGACUAGAUAUAAACAUGGAUUCAAGGAUCAUUCAUGAAAACACCAUAGAAAAAGAAAGGGUUCGAAGAAUAACAGAAGAAACCUUUGGCCUCUGCGCCCAGCCUCAACUGGAGUUUGCACAGUAUAAGCUUGAAACGAAGUUCAAAAGUGACUUAUGUGGGGGCAUCUUGGCUGAGAGGGACGAGCCCCUGCGGUGCCUGAUAAAGUUCUCUAGCCCGCAUCUUUUGGAAGCGCUGAAAGCCUUGGCUCCAGCUGGUAUUGCAGAUGCUCCACUCUCUCCAUUGCUCACUUGCAUACCCAACAAGGCAAUGAAUUAUUUUAAAAUUAGAGAUAAGUAAGAUGUGUGUGGUUUUAUAAGCCCAUUGGCUCCUUGAUUAUAUGGCACAUAUGUUCCAGUUAAGGGCUAGCUGGACAGUGUCUGUCUAUAAACUUGCUUUUUAGAAACCGGUCCUUGGUAUUAAAUUCAGAAACGUCCAUAUAAUUAUUGGGACUGUUUCCACCCCCCUGUUCCCCACCCCCACCCUUUGCUGAUUGGUAGAGCAGUCAUGGGCAUUUGAGGUGCAACACGAUAUGCAUAUGGCUCUGGGUUGCUCUGAAGUCAAGCAUGUGGCACAGUGGCCGAGCCUGUGGGUGUCACGUCUGGUGGCCUUUUGCCUAUUCCUGCAUCUCUGAGAUCCUAGGAGGUCUGGUUCCAUUUGAUAAUUUCAGAGGAUUUUCUAUUAAGCCUUGGAUCACAGAAAGAAUCACUGAGAAUCAGUACCAACUCAGCACUUCCACGUAGUGGUCCACUCAGGGUCGGGCUGCAUCUGCUGGGUGGUUAUUGCAGAAGGUCGUAGAUUCAAUGAUUCACUCACAUAAAACAGUUGUUUCACUGUACAUACAAUACUUUUCAUAGUCUAAUUCUUUUCGUAGUCUAAUUUAUCACACAUGACAUUCAAACUGACAUACUGAUUUGUGAAUAAUAAAGAUACA